AUGUCACAGAAUAAUCGAAUAACACCUAUUGUAUCACCAUCUUCUUCUCUAGCUGACACUGAUUCUCUUCAUCAUCGUCAUGCUCAUUCUCCUACUACUGAACAUCGACGUGUAUCAAUUGCAUCAAUUACACAUCCAGAUCCAUUAGGUCCUAUCACACCAACUGAUGACGUUACGCUUAAACGACAUCUUGGUUUAUUCUCUGGAGUUUGUUUUAUUAUUGGUACCAUCAUUGGUUCUGGUAUAUUUGUUUCACCAAAAGGUGUUUUACGAGAAACACAAUCAGUUGGAUUAUGUUUAAUUAUUUGGAUGGCUUGCGGAUUAGUAUCUUUACUUGGAGCACUCUGUUAUGCAGAAAUUGGCACAAUAAUACCCAGAAAUGGUGCAGAAGUAGCUUAUUUAAAAGAAGGUAUUGGUUCUGUUCAUGCAAGAACAGGUGAUGUUUUAGCUUACCUUUUCAGUUGGUCAGUUACAUUUGUUAUGAAACCAUCAAGUAUUGCUGUCUUAUCUCUGACUUUUUCCCAAUAUUUCUUAUCUGGUGUGAUGGAUGAUUGUGGACCACCCGAAGAACUUGUCAAAAUGCUGGCAAUUUUUGCUAUUCUGAUGCUAAUCAAUAUUAAUUCUAUUAGUGUAUCUGCAGCUAAUCGUCUCAAUAUUAUCUUUGUCAUUUGUAAAGUUUCAACAGUUGCAAUAGUAAUUAUUGCUGGUCUUGUACGAAUUGGACAAGGGCAUACACAGAAUUUACAAAAUGGUUUUGUUGGUACGACAAACAAACCGUUGGGUGUUGCACUUGCAUUUUAUUCUGGUCUUUGGGCAUACGACGGAUGGAAUAGUCUCAAUUCUGUUACAGAAGAACUAAAAAAUCCCAAAAGAAAUCUAUGGUUAUCCAUCGUAUUAGCUUUACCUUCUGUUAUGAUUCUUUAUUUACUUACGAAUAUUUCUUACUUUACUGUAAUGAACAAAGCCGCAUUACUUAGUUCUAAUGCUGUUGCUGUCACCUGGGGUGAAGCUGUGUUAGGUCCUGCUGUUCGUAUUUUACCUAUUCUAAUUUCCAUUAGUGCAUUGGGUAGUGCUAAUGGAAGUCUUUUUGGAGCUGCUCGAUAUUGUAUGGUUAGUGCUCAGUAUGGAUAUUUACCAGAAGUAUUUGCAUGUAUUCAUGCACGAAGAUUAACUCCAGUAUCUGGAGUUGUUUUGCAGGGUACAAUUGCAAUUGCCUUCUGUCUUCCAAGUAAUGUUGAUGGUUUAAUAGAUUUUUUCAGUUUUGUUGCAUGGAUGUUUUAUGCAUUAACAUUUACUGCCACACUUUGUUGUAAAUUUACAAAAAAAAGUGCUGAUCGUGUUAUUAGUGUUCCUAUUCCAUUACUUGUAAUUAUAAUUCUGAUUUCGAUUUAUUUGGUUAUUGCGCCUUUAAUAUCAUCUCCAAGUAUUGGAUUUCUUGUUGCAGGUAUUUUAAUUUUAUUUGGUUUAGUAUUUUAUUAUCCAUUUGUCUAUCGUAAAAUCGAAUUACAAUUUAUAAAAAAAACCAAUAACUUUUUGAUAACAUUUUUUGGAUUACAGCGAGCACAAAAAAUAAAACUAAAAUGUGCUGUAAUCAUAUUCGAUGUUGAUCUUCUUGAUAUAUCAAAUUCAAUUAAUCGAUCAUGCUCACAUCUUGUUGAUCAUAUAACAUCUAGUCCAGAGAGUUCACUAAAUCGUGCUGCAUCAUCAUUAUUCAAUGUUCUACAUCCCGUUAUUCCGUUUAAAGGAUGCAUUGAUCCAUCGGAACCAUUUCAAUGUCCUGGAAGUCAACAAUGUAUUGCUCUCCAAUUUAUUUAUGAUGAUCAUCCAGGUGAUUGUCCUAAUAAUCUUGAUGAAAAUGAAGAAACAUGUAUUGCAGCUAAACAUCCAGCAAAGGAAAAUAUUGAAAAAUUUCUUCAUGCUGCUAUUGAUGAAAAUAGAAUAUUUUGGUUUGAUACAUUAGCAUCAGCAUUUUAUGUGUCGAAAAAUGUUCAUAGUUUUGCUGAAAAAACAUUUAUGUCAUCAGAUAUUCCUUUGUUUGCACAAGAAGCUGUUAAUCAAGGUCUUGCAGCCUUAGUUGAAAAGCUCUAUGACUCGGGAUUUAUGGAUUAA